GCAGACAGUUAUACUAAUUUUUUUCUGUUGUUUUUGUGUCACUCAUAGAGGACUUGUUGUCUUGUAAUGCACAGCUAGUCAAUUCUAUGACCGUUGCUUAGGUUUUGAGCAUCCCGAAGACCAAUCUGGUCUGUAUAUCACGCCAUUCCUCCAAAGUGUUGUCCAUACUAGUACGCCGUCCGCGUUUGCGGACUGGCAUUUCCAAAUUCUGCCUUUCUGCGGCAGGCGAUGCUCAGUGCGGUUUUACCGUUCGUUAUAUGGCAACAUGGCAUCAGGACGCCGAGGAAGCGUCGAGAGAUAGCGGCAACCGCCGGCUUUCGGGCCGCAUACAUAUCCUGGGCCUUGGGAAUGUUGGAACAUUCGUCGCUCACUCUCUGGCCAGCCGGCCGUCUCCACCUCCUAUCACGCUUCUGAUGCACACUCCCAAUAUUUAUAGGUCCUGGUUAGAGAGAAAGAAAUGUCUAGCGAUCAAUACUAAUGGCCUGGAUGAUGUAAAAACGGGAUUUGAUGUCAAUGUGCUGAAUGACAAGACAUGGUACUCAGUACCAUACUGGAAUAAGGAUGGCACAGCAGAGAAUGGAAACGUUAGCAUUGACGGAUAUACUGAAGAGGUCGAUAAUGAGGAACUCUUCGCGCAGCCUGCCGACGAGCCUAUUGAAUGUCUGAUCGUUGCUGUUAAAGCACCUGUGACCGUGGCAGCGAUGGACUCUGUCAAGCGCCGCCUGACGCCUGAUUCAACGGUCCUGUUCCUCCAAAACGGAAUGGGCACCAUCGAUGAGCUGAAUGAGAAAGUUUUCCGAGACCCUCAACGACGUCCACACUACAUGUCUGGUGUUAUCUCCCACGGUUUAGCGCGAAGGAAAGAACCAUUCCAAGUCAGCCACACAGGCGUUGGCACAACUAUCUUGGGUUGUGUUCCACCGGCAGAUGCCGUUUCCCCAGCAAAUCAAGGGGAUGUUGAUUGGGCCCCUAGUACCAAAUAUCUGUUGCGUACACUGACGCUCACACCACCGCUUGUUGCUGUUGCGGAAACUCCAUCCUCCUUGAUGCUAUACCAGCUUGAGAAGCUCGCGAUGAACUGUGUGAUCAAUCCGUUGACAGCGAUAAUGAACUGCAAGAACGGAGAACUCCUCUACAACUAUAGCUUCACACGUAUCAUGCGGUUGCUCCUCAUUGAGAUCUCAAGUGUCAUCUGCGCUUUGCCCGAAUUACAAGGCAUUCCUGGAAUUGAAAGCCGGUUUUCUCCCGAGCGACUGCGGAUGAUGAUCGUGCAGCUGGCUAACAAGACAGCCAAGAAUCAUAGUUCGAUGUUGCAGGAUAUACUGGCGAGAAACCCUACGGAAAUCGAAUACUUGAAUGGUUACAUCGUACGUAGGGGCGAGGAACUCGGUAUCAAGUGUGUGGUGAAUUAUAUGAUGCAGCACCUGGUUCUCGCCAAACGCCUCCAAACGAAGCAGGUAGAGUCGGGUGCUAUUCCGAUUGAUCUGCUCCGAGAGCCCAAAAUAUGAACAUGCUCUCACACCUGUACAAUAUAAUGAAUUCGACUUUUGUGAUACCAUGUGCAAGCAAUUCCACUUAUGAAGCCUAUCGAUUUAACCAGAUACAGCUUUGGAGGCCUUAGCACAGAGGUCUCUAAUCUGUGUCCAUCGUUUCUUCAGCAUCUUUGCCCUUUGCUGAUCUUUCUGGUCUGUUUGACUAGAUCCCUUUCCCUCCAAGGUGGUGAUUACUAUGUCUGCUUCAUUCGAAUACGCUCUGAUCCACCCUUGGAUGAUAGCCUCCGAUUUCUUCUCAUCGGCACCCUUGGUGGAAUAA